GAGAGGUUGCCUUUGCCUUAUUAACACAUAACCUCAAAUUUUUAUUAGUAAAUAAAAUUAUGAGAAACUAAAGUUUGGCAUAUUUGAAUAACAAAAAUGGAUCAUAUUUUUACAAUUAGCAAGAAACCUAGUAGAUCACUUAAUCCAUAUAAACAAAAUAUUUUCAAUAAAUUGGAAAAAUCCAUUCUUUGCUCAGUUUCAAGCACCAAUGUUAUUGCUUUUAGUACGGAAAGCAAUAUUGAGGAAUGUAAUUCAUUAUAUUGGAGUUCCAAUGUAUAUGUAGCUGACCUCAAUAGCCCUUGGCAAAUUCAUAAGGUUUUAAGCAAUUCAUCACCAGUAACAGUGCUACAAUGGGAUUUUACAGGUGAACUUUUACUAAUUGCUGAUGAAAGUGGAUGUGUAAGGAUAUACUCAGCAAAAGAUCAUAUAUUAAAUGAUUGGAAUAUAGUUCUGCAAACAGUACUACAAGGGGAACAUAUUUUGGCAGCUGCUUUUUUUCAUUCUGGUAAAAGGAUAUGUCUCAAUAUUGAGAAAAAAGACAGUUCAUCUUACAUAGAAAAAUUCCAGCAUGUAAAAUUUGCUUGUUCUGUGAAACAGUUUGGAAGUAAACCAGCCAUCGGUGCCCUUUUACUCACAACUACUGGAAUGCUAGCUGCUGUAUUACUACCACAGCCAACAUGUCAAACUCCGAUGACUAUGGCAACUGAAAGUUUGGGCCCAACAAGAAUGUUCAUUAAGACUGCCGAUAUCUGUUAUGGAAAAAAUGGUCAUUUCCUACUAGCUGUUAGCAGUGGAGAUCCUUCAAUGCCCAUUCAAUGUUACAAAGUUUCGGUAAAGAAAGAAGAGGAAAAGUGUACUAUUGUAAGCCAAUCUUUGCUUAGUUUCUUCUUAAACGAAGCACCAAAAGAAGCUCUAAUGGAUCAAAUAUCGAAAGAAAAGAAUUGUACUGUCAGUCACAUAAAGUGGAUCAUGAGAGAAGAUGCAGAUUCUUUAGUGGUGGCUGCCAGCAGUCCAAAAAUGAGUUGUCUGCAGGUUUGGGAACUCAGAGAAAAGGCUCUUCCAGUUCAUAAAUCAUUGGGCAAAGCAGAAGCACCUCAAUUCUUCAAUACAGUGCUAUGGCAAUACCAAUGUCACUUCCAGUACAACAGUCUUGUAACAUCCCUAGCAACCAGCAAACUUAGCUUAAUUAAUAGCGUUUCAAGUGGAUAUGUGGUGGUUACGUUUGCAGAUAAUUCCAUCCACUGUUUGUACAGAGAUACUCUAAAGCCCAUAGUGUAUACGACUCUGUCGGUAGUUCCUCGCUACCUAGAUGAACCCAACGCUAAAUACCAAAAAGUCAGUACCAAUAUAUCAAACAUUGAUUUGUCAUGGCUAGGAAAUGUUUUACUUUGCGUGGAUUCUGAUGAUAGUUUGCAUCUGUUCAAGUUACCUCCCCAGAUCGAUAGUUCUACUCCCCUAAGUGUCCCAUAUUGUACCACGAUUUUGGAAUACUGCCUAGUGAGCGGAUUAGACUGGUUGGAUCUUCUAUUAGUACUCAGACCUGGUAUGCUUGAUGCAAUUUGUGAUAGACUUACAGAAAGUUUCAAUAGACAACCUCCUCAAGUGCAACAGUUCUUCCAUGUGCAGUAUUUGUGCAUUAAAAUAUCUCUCUAUAGGUUAAGUUUUCAAGGACAAGGAAAAGCAAAUGAUCUCACUCAAUACUUGAUGUUACAUAGCAUUUCAACAGCCUUCAAGAGUUUAUUAAGACCGAGCGAAAUGAACAGCCACGAAAAAAGUCCAGCAGAUUCAUUAGCUAGUGUAAUCGCCGAAGGUCAGAACGACGUUGACAAAGCUCUAACCUCGAUGCAUUUCGAAGCUAAAGAAUUUACCGUAGAAACCACAACUCUUCAAAGUCUUCAACAACUCAUACAGUGGGUAGCAGAUCUAGCACUGAAUCUCCUUCUGAAACUCCCGGAUAGUCGACCUGCUACCGGAAAAUCUUACGAGCUGCUUAGAGACGUGAAGGCGUUAAACAUGCUUAGAGAAAUGUUGGUAUUAAUCAGGAUAUGGGGAUUAUUACGACCAGCUUGUCUUCCUGUUUUCAUCAAAAGUGAUACGAAUCUUGACGUGUUAGCCCUAGUAUUUCGGCUGUUGAGUAGAUUGGUCCAAAAUGUUAAUGAACCAGACGAAUCGUUGAUUGAUGAAUGUUGCCAACUCCCUAGCCAAGUAGUACAAAUACCGUUAUUACAACCAUGUAAUAAUAGAAUAGUUCUUGGGUCACCGCAACUAGCCCAGCAAAUAUUACCACUUCAGCUCGAAUUCAAUAACGAACCGGAAUGUCUUACAUUUAAUGUUGAUAGCAAUUCCAAUCAGACCAUUGAUUCUGUAAGACAUCUGUACCUAGGAAAAUUUCCGAGAAAAGUCAAACAGUGUGUACGAUGUGGUGGAAGUGCUGGUACUGUUCCUGUAACCAGGACUGCAGCGAUAAGAGCGUGGGAUCAGAGAUGGCUCAGAACUUGUCAAUGCGGUGGUCAAUGGAGGAUGCAGGUAUUUUCGGGAUGAAGAAUUGCAAAACUCUUUUUUGCCUAUAAAUAACUUAUUUAUUGUAAUAAAUGUAAGUUUUAUAUGAUUAUCGUAGAUGUUUUAGGUUAAUUUAGUAAUAAAUAAUAAAGUUUUUUUUUAAA